AUGCCCGGUAGAAGGACACACAAGAGAAGUAAUCAUCCUGCCGAUUUUGCGGCGCCUCCACUUAACACUAUAUCGACUGGAUAUCCGUUUCAUGUCUCGCAGUUGCAACAAAUGCUUUACCCGGGCGCGGCUCAAAACGGGAUGUUUCAGUAUGUUUCACAGACACCCCCGGUUCGAUAUGUUUUUACUCAAAGAAACUACUCAUCCGCCUUUGGGAAUGUGCCAGUAGAUCAUCCUCAAGGUAAUAGAACUACAUUCUCGAGCAGGAAUCAGAUGGACAGGAUGGGCCAUGAACGCAGUCGUGGGAUGAUGGUGAAUCAGAAUCCUUUUCAAGAACAAAAUUCUGUCCCAGUCACGGCCGUAGCAAACUCAAAGGUAUCUAUUUGUAAUGAGGAAGGUGUCUGGACAAAAAAAAAUCUCUACGCCAUGGUGAAAGCCUUUGUAGAUGAUCCCAAUGCAGAAGAAAUGUCAUUUCCUCCAACUUUGUCUGCUGCGGAACGUCAUAUGGUGCAUGAAAUUGCAUUAAAUUUUAAUUUGCACCAUCGCUCAGCGGGAUGCAAAUCCGAACGCGUCUUAACCUUAAAAAAAAUUGGAAGCAUCAAAAAUCAGGAAAAAGAUCGAGAAAAUGCGGCUUUUAAUGGUGAUCGUGUAAAAACGAUUGAUGGAUAUCAAGGUGCUCAAAGGCUUCCUGAUGAAUAUAUAAAAUCAAGGAUGAAUGAAAUCAGCUUGCUGUUGGGUCCCUUUUUAAGAAAGAUGUAUAGUCAAUUGAAGGCAACAGCUGCGAAACCUCUCAGAAAUCGCCAUUUGGUUGUUGUACAACCAGGAUUAAUGAAAGCUCCUCAGGGAAAUACCCAACAUCAGAGGUACCGGGAAUUACAGGAGUUUCGUAGAUCAUUACCUUCUUACAAGCGGAGAGAUGAAAUCAUUAAUGCUUUAAAACAAAACAAUGUCUUGAUUGUAAGUGGGGACACUGGAUGUGGUAAGACAACUCAAAUACCUCAAAUUUUGUACGAUUCUGAAGUCUUUCAAAAAGAUCUAGAAAUAAUUUGCACACAACCUCGCAGAAUCAGCGCACUUUCUGUUGCACAACGUGUUGCAGAAGAACGUGGUGAGACAUGUGGAAACAGCUGCGGUUAUAUUAUACGUUUUGAUAAUAUGACAAGUCCUAGUACAAAGAUUGUUUAUAUGACAACCGGUAUACUACUGCGUCGCUUGCACACUGAUCCACAGCUAAAUGGUGUUUCGUGUAUCAUUGUGGAUGAAGUACACGAAAGAGAUGUGGAGACGGAUUUUUGUCUGUUGCUGCUUCGUGACAGGCUAAUAGAACAACAAAGAAAUAAUCAACUAUACAAAAAUCAUGUGAAGGUGGUGGUGAUGUCUGCCACUGUACAGAUAGAGAAGGUAGCGUCGUAUUUUGUCUGCGUAUGUGGUGGAAGAGCUCCGCCUAUUAUUAGCAUCCCGGGAACGUUGUUUCCUGUAGAGGAAUGUUUUUUGGAAGAGGCCUUAAAAUGGACUCAUUUGCCACCUUCCGCGGUCCCUGCUAUCUCCAUGUUGGCUAAUGUUUCAGAAAAAAAAAGCAAAAACGGCAAUUCAGAGGAUAGGAAUGAUGGCUCUAUUUUUGAAAAGAUUAAGGCUACUGUUUUUGGGGAAACAGAUAAUGAUCCAGAGGUUUUGGUACCUUAUGAUCUUGUAUUUAAGCUGAUUUCUUAUAUUCAUGCCAGUUCCCAUGACUUAUCAGAAAGUAUAUUGAUAUUUCUUCCGGGAUGGGCUUCUAUAAGCCGAGUGAAUACUAUGAUUCAACGCUCUCCUAUUGCUCGUGAGUUGUCCGUUUUACAGCUUCACUCGAGCUUGACGGCAGCUGAGCAGCAAAGAGUUUUUUACCGACCUCCUAAGCGGUUUCGAAAAGUUGUACUUUCCACAAAUAUUGCAGAGGCAAGUGUAACUAUUGAUGAUAUUGUCUAUGUUAUUGAUAGUUGUCUGACAAAAGGUACAUCUUACGAUGCCCGUGGAAAUACCUCAGUUCUUAAGGCAACAUUUAUCAGUAAAGCAAAUGGUAUGCAGCGUCGAGGUAGAGCUGGUCGUUGCAGAGCAGGUGUGUGCGUUCAUCUUCUUCCUAGGUCUGCAUAUGAAAAACUUCCUGAAUUUCUUUUACCGGAAAUUAUGAGAUCUCCACUGGAGGACGUCUGUUUACAAGUAAAAGCCUUGAAACCAGAUGAGGUUUGUGCAAAAGUGUUGAGCCGUGCUAUGGAUCCUCCACCAGCAGAUUCUACAGAACAUGCGGUUAGGUUUUUAAAGGAUAUGGGUGCCUUUACUUCUGAAAAAGAGCAAAUGACAAAUCUUGGUCGAGCCCUCUCAAAACUUCCUAUUCAUCCUCUUUUGGGUAAAAUGCUUUUGGCUGCGGCAUGUCUGGGAGUAUUGGAGCCUGUUGUAACAAUUGCAGCAUAUCUUUCCGGAAAAUCACCAUUUAUUAAACCCUUACCGCAUCAGAAGAACGCCAUGCGAAAUGCGGUGCAAUCCAUUGACAAUGGCCUACUAUCAGAUCAUCUCAGUGUUAUGAAGUUAUUUGAUGAAUGGAAGAAAAGCAAUUGUAGUGCUGAUUACGCGAUGCAAAAUUUUGCAGAUCAGACUGUAUUACGUUCGAUGGAUCGCAUCCGGAAACAGUUGUUACGUCUUGUGAAAGACUCUUCAUUAUUAAGAAAGGUUGAAGACCCUAUGCGAAUGGCUUCUCGACACUCGAGUAACUUGGGGCUAGUUCGGCUGGUGGCUCUUUGGUCUCUUUACCCUCGUAUUGCGUCAGUGGAGUAUCGAGCGAAUCGUAGCAGGAAAAGGCCAGAAAUUUUUUGUUGGGAUAAUAAAGUUGCCCAAUGUGCAAUGGGGUCUGCGCUGGCAUUUAAAAAUCGAGACGAUUUUCGUGACAGGGCCUUUGUUUUUUAUCAUGAACGGAUGUAUCUUGAGGCAAAUUUAACGGUUUUUGAUGCCAGCGCUGUGACACCUGUGGAGGUAGCCUUGUGUCUUCGUGAGUUUGCGCUUCGGCCUUUGACUGAUGUUCCUCCAGCAUUUCUCACUGAUGAUGAAAGCAAAAUGGCACCUGCAUUUCCAUUUGUUUUGGAGAGAGAAGAAGAGGCAAAGGAUCUUGCGGUAUUAUUUUUUGAUGGUGAUAAGAAACUGUACGUGACAUCCCUACCAGUUGGCUUGCUAUUGCGUGAUGUUAGAGAAUGUAUGGACUAUUAUCUUGCCCUGUCUAUAAAGGAAGUUAGAGCUGAUCUUUUUCCCGAGGAUUUGAUACGUGUUUUGGCGUACGUUGUUGGAUAUCCUUUUAGUGACGAGGUGAGCGCAAUUGACAAUAACACAAGUGAUAAGCCCGUUGUUACAUAUGGGGAAGAAGAAUCAUUAGAACCGACAACAAUUGAUUGCAGAAGCGCCCAAUUAAAUGAUAUUUCUGAUGAUGAAGAUGAUGCACCUGAAAUUUUUAUGGAGGAUUUUGAGGAUCUUCAGAUGACUGAGGAGGAAAUUCAGAGAGCGAUUGAUGUAUUUGGGGAAUUGGCCAUUUUAAAUCGCCAAGGUGGUUUGCGUCUGCUGGGAGCGUUUGAAAAGGGAGUACAACUGCGACAGGUUGAAGCUGAUUUAAGUAGAGGGCCAGAAGGUGAUUUUUUUUCAGAGGAAAGGGAACAGAAGCUGAGGAAUGAAGAUGCUAAAAAAUCUGAUGAAUGUGAUGACGAGGAGGAUGAGGAUGACGACAUUAUCAUUGCCAAAGCAGGUGAAUUGGACAUAGAUGAUAACGAAUACUAA